AUGGAAGAAGAAGAGCACGAGGUUUACGGAGGAGAAAUCCCUGAAGUUGGCGAGAUGGAUGUUCCCGAUCCGGAUAUCGAUAUGACUGCCGGCGGCGAUGACGGUGCUGUUAAGGAUCUUGAUGAGGUGAAGAGGAGAUUGAAAGAGAUGGAUGAAGAGGCUGCUGCUCUGCGCGAGAUGCAGGCAAAGGUCGAGAAAGAGAUGGGAAUUGCUCAAGAUCCUGCUAGUAUGGCUACGAAUCAAGAAGGGAAAGAGGAGGUGGAUGCUCGAUCAGUUUACGUUGGCAAUGUAGAUUAUGCAUGUACACCCGAAGAAGUGCAGCUGCAUUUCCAAACAUGCGGAACAGUCAACCGAGUAACCAUUCUGAUGGACAAGUUUGGACAACCAAAGGGAUUUGCUUAUGUGGAGUUUGUUGAAGUCGAGGCCGUGCAAGAAGCUCUACAACUGAAUGAAUCAGAGCUACAUGGUCGUCAACUCAAGGUCUUGCCUAAGCGAACCAACGUUCCUGGAAUGAAACAGUAUAGUCCUGGGCGUUUCAACACUUCAAUGGGUUACCGGUUUCGCAGACCCUUCGUGCCUCCUUACUUUUAUUCAGCAUAUGGAUACGGGAAAGCUCCUAGGUUCAGAAGGCCAAUGCGGUACAUGCCGUAUCAAUAG